GCUCUUUGUGUUUCGGAUGGCAAACUUAGGAUGUUGUGUAAGCCCAAUUGUCCUUGCCAUGCUUUGGUGUUUACUGUGCUGUGCCUGUCAGACGUUUUGGUCCAAAUCGUCCAAGUUCUGAGUUCUGCGGCAGUGCGAAGCAUGGCGGUGAUUUCGUCUAUGCCAUCAUCUCCUCCAAAGCCGACCGGGCUUAAGGUGAAAGUGCGUCCAGACAAGAGCUUUGAGAUUCGCUGGAAAGCAGAGGGGGGAGCUUCUCUCUUCGAGUUGACGAUCUCAUACUUUCCGUUUCAGGGACCUAUGUUUCAGCCCAGCCACUCAAAUGUGCAGCAAGUCGAGGGCUUUCAAACACAUCUGCCGCAUCCAGACGAACUUAGCAGAGCACAAGCUUGGGUUGUGAAGAUCAGUCUGAAGGCCAAGUCCGACGGCUCUUUGAGUGAUGCAGUUGAGUAUCAGAUUGCUUGGGAUGACGAGCUCUUUGACCAGGAAGCAAGAACUGACUUAGAGAACAAAGUAGAAGGCUUCCAGACGAAUGACCUUCAUGAUUUCGUGAGCAGUAGGAGGGACGACCCAAAGAUUCUUGUCCUUGGCCCUCAGCACCACGGCAAAUCGUCAUUUGUCAAUCAUGCUUACCGGUGCCUUAUUGGGAACUUGGAUGCAAAUGACCAGUUGGACCAAGCGCCAGCCGGUGCUGACGAGAGGACACUUGCCACAAAAAGCAUCGACAUUCCCGUUGGACAAGACUCACAGGUGACUUUGAUAGACACACCUGCUUUUGCAACCAUGAGUCAGGAGACAGAGGCAAAACUUCGGACGUUGUUGUCAAGUGGGCAUUGUGAUGGCCUGCGACGGCAGGAUAUGAGGCAAAACAAGUGCAGCUGGUACAGCAGACCUCCCCAUGCAGCCAUUGUAGUGAUGUCACUGUGCCACUGGCGGGAUCAACGUCAGGAGAUGGCAAGCUACUUGCAGAAAAUCGCCGGGGUUCUGAAGACGGCUUCGGCGGGCACCGUGGAGUUUCCCUAUGUCGUCGCUGCCACACACUGCGACGAGUUCUUGGAGAAUUGUCAGAAAGAGGAUCCACGGGAUGAACUUGAGAAGGCUCUCCAGGGAAUCAAAGGGUCCGCCUCCACGAACCAUGUUUACGCCAUCACCAACUACAUGCGAGGCAGCAUGGGAAGUGCUCGCAACAACAAGGCCACCUUCGACUUGCUUUCCCAGCUCCUCGCCAAGGCAAAGCGUGAGAACACUGCAACAAAUCAGGAUCAUUUUCGCAGUUGUAUGGCAGGUGGCGCCAUUGGGACGGCGUGGACCGCAGGAAUGGUUGUUAACCCUCCGGUUGCUUUGACGCUUACUUUGAUGACAACUGCCACAACAGUCCUUGGUUGGGUUGGACAAUGGAUCUUCCGGAAAGUGUUCACCCAGGGAAGGGAGCUUGAAGGGCAAAAUGAUGGUCGGAAGUAGAGCUGUGCUCUUCUCUGAUCUACAGUUGUAGUACAACUGCAAAGGCUCCCAGCACUUGGGCUAUACCUACUGCACUCGUCCCAACAGAGGCACUGGUGUAUACAGACAGUAGACGUCUACAGUUCCCUUGCCCACACGUGCGACAGGCAUACCGGUCACGAAAAGGAUCAUUCGAAGA